AUGAAGGUUCCUCUUGGUUUGUCUGUAUCUGGUUCAUCUCCUGAUGGUUCCCCUCUUGUUUGUAGGCUUAGAAAGUCUCUUUAUGGUCUCAAACAUGCAUCAAGACAAUGGUUUGCCAAGCUCUCCACUGCUCUCUUAUCCAAAGGGUACCAGUCCAGCCUUAAUGAUUACUCCCUUUUCACAAAAAUUUCAGCCACUUCUACUGUUAUCCUUGCAGUGUAUGUGGAUGAUAUACUGUUAGCUGGGGAUGACACUGAGGAGAUGGGAUCUUUGAAACCUUUCUUAGAUGCUCAGUUUAAGAUCAAAGAUCUUGGUAAUGUUCACUAUUUUUUGGGGCUUGAAGUUUCUAGUGUUGCUGAAGGUUAUAUUGUGAAGCAGCAUAAGUUUGCCAAGGAACUCUUGGAUGAAUUUAAUUGUUCUGACUGCACUCAUGUUGUGACACCUUUGGAUCUGAACUAUAAGCUCACUCCUAUAUCUAGGGAGAUGCCUCCUGACCCUUCUCUCUCCAGAAGACUGGUUGGAAAACUCAACUUUCUCCAGCACACUAGGCUUGAUUUGUCUUUUUUCGUGCAACACCUUAGUCAGUUCUUGAAUGCCCUUAGGUAUCCUCAUAUGCAUGUUGCUUUGCAUGUCCUUAGAUACCUGCACAAUGAUCCUACUAAGGGCAUCUUGUUCAAUAUCUUUGUGGACUUCUCUCUCACAACUUAUUCUGAUUCAGAUUGGGCCACCUGCUACUCUUCCAGAAAAUCUGUUACUGGUUUCUUUGUUACAUUAGGUGGUAGCCCUGUAUGUUGGAAGUCCAAGAAGUUACCUACUGUAUCUCAGUCCUCUGCAGAAGCUGAGUAUAGGGUUUUGUGGAAGACUGUUGCUAAAUUGACUUGGCUUGUUCGACUAUUGGGUGAUCUUGGUGUCUAUGUGUCUCAACCUGUUCCUAUCUAUUAUGACAAUCAAGCUGCCCUAUGCAUUGCCAAGAACCUUGUGGAGCAUGAACGGACCAAACACAUUGAGUUCGAUUGCCAUUUUUGUUAG